AGAGAGAGAGAGAGCAAAGAGGCGUUCAGAGAGUGAGAAGGAGGAGAGAGGCAGGAAUAGGAUGAAGGAAGGGGAGGCUGAGCGGUAGAGAGGAAGAAGAGGCUCGCGGUCUCAAAACUGGAUAUUUCUACGUGUCUGCCGCUCGCUGGUCCAAUGAGUAAACUCUCUGCUACGAGAAGGCACCCGGCGAGGUGAGCGGCGCUUCAGCACAACGGACUCAACAGUGAUGCUGCGGAGCAGCCGUCCCCUCUGUCUGCGGCCCUCGUUCUCCCGUGAGGCCCAUGUGACCUAGCCUACACCCACACACAGGGGGCCCCACCCCCCACCCUCUCGGGUGCCUGCCGGAGCCCACCCAUGAAUCCCAGCCCCGACCGCGGCAAAGAGUGCCUCCCUCCCAAGAAGAGGGAGUCUCGGCAAGGAUCGGCAGAGCACCACAUCCCUCUGGACGAGUUUAAACCCCCUGUGCCGCUCCGGAGUCGGUCCUGCGGUGGAGGAGGAGGGGACGGAGGCAGGGAGGCCGGUGACCGAGCUCUGAUUAACCCAAACCCCCACCUCCUACAUACUCCUCCACCCCUUCCUGCUCCAGCACCAGGCCUCCCCCUGCCCCUACCAUGGCACGUGAGCUACUCUCCCUCGGUCUCCCUCCCCCUUUUCCCAGGGCAGGUCGGCGAGAGGAGGGGCUCGGGGUCUCCCGCCUGGAGAGACGAUCCUCUCCCCUCACCCCUGCCCCACCACUCCAGGUGGCUCCGAGGGGAAGGGCCCCUCUCUUUGCCACCUUCCCCAUCUUCCUCCUCCGCCUCCUCCUUCAAGACCCCCUUCCCGGCCGAUUCUCGAGAGAUAUGGUCCUACAUUAACAGCGGCCGGCGGGACAACAGCUCCUCCCUCUUCUCCCCGUCAUACUUGUUUAGCCACCACUCUCUCUACCCUCAAGAGCCGAGCUUUGUCGAAGCCAGACACAGAUACCUGGGCAAGAGGCCCAACGGCCUGGAGGGGCCCGGCAGCAGGACUGCCUCGACCUCCAGGCCUCUGCUCAUAGGAGAGUAUGGGAACGAUAGCGGCAGAACCAGGAUGGACAUCAGUCCACACAGCUCCCAUACCAACGGUGGGCGGAGGCAGCAGGACGAUUUAAUAUCCCGCGUCCACACUGGAGGGCCAUUUUUGCCAGACUCUCAAGCUCAGGAAGGCCCUGAGCCACAUUCCUCACUGCAGGACAGACAUUUGCACGGGAUAGUUAAGGCCAGCUUACUCUCCACCAGUCCCCAUCCUCUCGGACCAGUCCCCAGGGCAGGUCGAGGGGGACUGUUGGAACCCCUCGGCGUCACACCGGCCGAAGCCCAGAUCUACUACUCCUUGGGAUCGGUGUGCCACCCCUGCCCUCAGGUCCAGGCCUACCCGCUCUAUAGCCCCUCAGGAACAGCUCUGUACAACCUGCACAGGGAGCCGAGACCCAGGCAGCACAGCCUAAGGAACUCACCGCACUCGCCCCUGGGUCUACCUAACAGCCAUGACAGGUCCCAGAGAGACCGGGACCGAGACCAAGAGAGAGACAGAGAGAAACUCAGGGGUAAAGACAAAGAGAAGCACCUGCAACAGGACAAAGACCAAGAAAGAGACGGUGAGCGCGAGAGACGACGGGACAGAGACAGAGAUCGAGGGAGGGAGCUAUCGCCUUCUCAUCUUCACACCUCGCCCCCGGGCCUUCACCCAUCUCCCCCCGAGCUCCUACCUCACUUCACCAAGGGUUCUCUGAUCGAGUUGGCCAGCGGUCGAUUGAAGCGGGUGGAGGAGCUGCGGACCGAGGACUUCCUGAGGAGCGCGGAUACCUCGCCGGAGUUCCACCUCAGCACCUGCACCGUGCUGCUGAUUUCCCCAAGCAGCGCACAAGGCUUCAGCCACCUGCAGGUCCACCUCACAGACCGCAACACUCAGGAGUUACUGAAGGUCUUGGUGGAGUACCCGUUCUUUGUGCAGGACCGAGGCUGGUCUUCAUGCUGCCCCCAGAGAACCACGCAGCUGUAUGGCCUGCACUGCCGCCAGCUCAUGGAGGGGGAUGUCUGCCUGGCUCUCACGCCGACCCCCACCCCCACCCCCAGCCAAACCCACCGGACACACACGCGUAUCGGUCCCAGGGCCCAACGCACGCAACCCCUCCCCUCCAGGGCUGCGGGAGAAGCCGGCAACUCGCACAGGGAGGAGAUGCCGCCUCCACCUCCUCCGCCCCCUCUUCCUCACCACCCACCUCCUCCACGUGCAGCUCCGGCUGUGGAGCCCCCCGCCCCGGAGCGGCCGCGUCCACGCAAACGGCGCUGGUCUGCCCCGGAUACCCUCCCCUCAACUGGAACGGACGACAGCCUCCGGGAUUUACCUCAUGGCUGCAAGCUAAUGAAGUGGCAGUAGGAUCUUGGGAAAUGCAUACGUGUACAUGCAUAUUUACACACACACACACACACGCACAUACACACCCUCCUUGUCUCUGUUGCACCCACCAAGACAAACAAUGGAGAGACCUCAAGGUAGGGUUGCAGGGAAGGAUUUAAAAAACAAAAAAAACAAUAGAAAACGCAAUUUACGGGUGUCCACACUGCUGCCCAAAAUAUGAACCUAGUCCAUCCUAGCCUGGCCCUAGUUGUACCCUCCUUUCCUUUCCCCUUUCCUUUCCUUCCCUCAACCUUACUUAGAGCCUGCCCUGAGAGGAGCAGCCGCUGAAGGAUCUCCGGAUGGCUCCUUACAGACACACUUGAAGACGUUUAGUGAGACAAUCAAGCACUUGUCUGUGCGGUCAGUGUUUUCUGCAGGGUUAUCGAUUUUCAAUCAGUGUUAUGAAAGUAAAACGCUAUUGAAGAAGUGCAGAUAUAUAUGAACAAAAGUCGACUAUAUAUAUAUAUUACAUUACAGAUGUUAUCUACAGUAAAUAUGCUAAACAGAUUUAAUGCAAUCUCUCUUGUCGAUUUUUUCGCAAUGCAUUUCUUUUCUUUUCUUUCUUGCUCCCGAGCAGCAGGCGAGGUGAAUGUACGAGCAACUCUUCGCCUUUUUUCUUCUUCUUUUUAAAAAAAAAAAAAAAUUCGGCGUUUCAAACUGUGGAUUUGUUUUUCGUCAAGGCAUUACCCUCCAAUAUGUUCUUAACAUUGUCUCUGAGAAAAGGGAGAACACUAAUGAAAACUGCGUAACAGACAAUCCCCCGCCCACACAGACAGGUCUGUGCCACAUCGCACUCGACAACUCGUGGUGUUUUUGUUUUUUUCAUUAAAAACUGAAUGAUGGAAAAAGAGUAAAAAAUAAAAAAAAUUAUAAAAAAAAAAUUUAAAAAAAAGUGUAGCAUGGCUGAGGAGUAAUGGUGCUAAUAACACGUUGGAACAUGAUGCUUUGUGAAUACUCUUGACCCCCCCCCCACGCUUCUGUUCCCAUCUCAUUUUUUUUACGUACUGUAUUUGUUUGAAGGCAGGGAAAAUGAUGAAAGUAUUUUAAACUCAGAUACGGGUAUCUCCUCUGAUUCAGCACACAAUCUCACUUUAGUUCUUUGUGUUUUUUUUUGUAUUUUAUUUUCAAAAAGAAAUGUACCUUUUACCUGUUGAUUUUUUUUUCUUUUUAAAUGUUAUAGCUACAAAAAAUGUAUAUUUUUAAAAAUUGUGAAUCUGUUGAUGAUGUUCGCUAGAAUUAAAAAGGAAAAAAAGCUUUAUAGA